AUUAUUAGUCGUUCAAUGCUUCUAAAGUUGUUUUUAAUUAAAUAUUCAUAUCCAUUAGAAAUGAUUAAAGCCGUGGAAAAUGAAAAAAACUUCAUCGAAAGCCAUAAACGGGUUCGUUUGUAAGUCAGAGAUAAAAAUUGGAAAAACUAUGAUAGUACGUGGCUUCAAUUUUAUAUCAUUUUUUCUGAAGAUCAACUUCAAUAUGUGGAAGCUGUUCUUCAGAAAAGAAAUAUAAAAUAUGAGAGCUGAUAUUAUUGUUAUUUUAAGUGUCGCUCAACUCAAGUGACAAGAGACCUAUACCUUUUAUACAAAAUCAAAAGAAAUGAAAGUUGUCAGAUUCAUAUGCAUAAUGCUACACUUGGUCUAUUCCAAAAAUGGUGAGAUCAUCGAGAAACUCUGCCCGGAUGGCAUGGUCUUCAACGACUACAGUCCACAGGAAGAGAAGUGUGACCUGCCUUACAACAUCGAUUGCUCCCAGCGGCCUAAGCUACAAACACCCCAGCCGACGUUGCACUGCCCCCGCCUCCACGGCUACUUCUCCCACGAGGACCCCAAGGAGUGCGGCAAGUUUUACUUCUGUGUAGACGGCAAGUUCAACAUGAUCACCUGCCCCGACGGGCUCGUGUACAACGACAAGACCGGCAUCUGCACCUGGCCUGAUGAGGCCAAGAAGAAGGGCUGCGGCGCCGCUGAUGUGUUCCAAUUCGAUUGCCCGGCGGUGAACGAGACCUUCGGCCUGACCCACCCCCGGUACGCGGACCCUGAAGACUGCCAGUUCUUCUACGUAUGCAUCAACGGCAACACGCCGCGCCGCUCGGGCUGCAAGCUGGGCCAAGCGUUCGACGACGUCACCAAGAAGUGUGAUUGGGCCAGGAAAAUCCCUGAAUGUGCGGACUGGUACAAAGGGCAGCUCACUGAUGCAGAGUUGGACGCUCUUGAGAACCCACCGACUGUGAAGCCCAAACCCUCUGGAUCUCAGCCGUCGCGGCGCAAGCCCCAGCGGCCCGGUAAAGGAAAGGCCGUCGAGCACAGCGCGGAACAAUAGACUUUAAUUUAGUUAGACUAAUAAAUUCUAAAU